AUGGCUCGGGACCCCAUGUGGGGAAGCCCCACCAAAGGCCACCCAGAGGCCCCCAAGGCGCAGGCCAUGGACCCCCAAGACACAAGGCAGCUCAGUGCCGGACAGGAGCCAGGUCUAUUCCAGCACCCUGACCCAUGCUUGAAACACGACGUGUUCGCUCUGAGGAUGGCCGACAAUGAGGACAGCCAAACAGACACGCUGUCGGCUCCAGCUCGCCCACCAAAGAAACGCAGAGGCUGUAAACAUGUGUCUUUUCCUCCGGAUGAAGACAUGGUGUCAGGUAUUGAAGAGCUCAGGACACCGUCGAAGCUGGGUGAACGAUUAGAUAACCAUUCAUGUGAGACUCUUGAAGAUAUUCUAAAAUUACUGCAGUUUGAUUUCAUCAAUCUACGGGAGACAGAGCUGGAGGAGAAUGGUGCUGCUUCGUUGUUGGACAUGAUUUUAUACUAUGAAUCAGCAAAACAUCUGGACAUAUCUUUCAAUGCAAAUAUUGGGAUUUCAGGUUGGCAAGCACUUUCGCACUUAAUUCAGCAGAGCCGCUCCCUGGAGAGGCUGGAUGCCAGCGACAUGCCCCUCUUGGAGCGACCCGCGCGCUUGCUGUCAGGAUCUCUCCUUACCAGCAGGUUGUCAGUUCUGCACUUGGACAACAGCAGUCUGAGUGGAACACCCCUCUUCACUCUAGUUGGAAUUCUUAAGAUGAAUACCACCCUUCGAGAGCUUUAUCUGGCUAACAACAAGCUGAACAGUUUCCAAGAUUCAAUGCAACUGGGAGACCUUCUGAAGUUCAACCAGAAUCUCAAGUGUCUGGACAUCAGCAAUAAUCUGAUAACUGAUUCAGGUCUGGAGGAGAUCUGUGAUGGUCUAAAAGCUCAGAGAAGCAGACUGCAACAACUCGUGCUGUGGGGUAACCAUCUCACAAACCAUGGCAUGUUCCACCUGGCUGGCGUUCUGCCUUCGAUAAAAACACUGGAAAUAUUGAACUUGGGCAACAACAGUCUUGAGAACCAAGGCGUUCAAACCCUGAAGGAGGCCUUCAUCUCCAGCCCCUCACUGCUGCAGCUGGACCUCAGCUCUACGGGAAUCACCUGCGAAGGUGUUGUGGUCCUGGCUGAAUUCAUCGCUGAAAGUCGUCACAUCCAGCAGCUUGAUAUUUGCGAAAACCUGAUUGGCACUGGUGGCCUGCUGGCUCUGUCACACGCUCUGAAGUUUAACCGGACGCUGGUCAAGGUGGAGCUGGACAAAAAGCCUAAGGAGGAAGAGAUCUCAGCCGGCAGUCUUACAGACUCCGUUGAGUGCCAGAUUUCAGCCGUGAGUCUGACCACCUCUGAUGACUGCCAGUUAUCAGUCGGCAGACUGACCAUAUCAGAUGCAUGCCAGAUAUCAGCCGGCAGUCUUGCAGACUCCGAUGACUGCCAGAAUUCCCGUCGGCAGUCUAACCAUCUCUGA